GUUGGUGAUCAAGAUGAAAAGCUAGCAGAAGGAAUUAAACUUUAUGCUAUUCCAACAACUGUAACGUCAAAGCGUACAAUCCUUAGUGACCUAAUAACGGUAUAUGCAAAGGGUGGGAAGACCAUUGUUUUCACUCAAACAAAACGCGAUGCUGAUGAGGUAUCCAUGGCUUUGACUAAUAGUAUUGCAUCUGAGGCACUUCACGGGGACAUAUCUCAACAUCAGAGGGAGAGAACAUUGAGUAGUUUUCGUCAAGGAAAGUUUACCGUGCUUGUUGCGACUGAUGUGGCUGCUCGUGGUCUUGACAUACCAAAUGUUGAUCUGAUUAUUCAUUAUGAAUUGCCAAAUGACCCGGAAACCUUUGUCCAUCGUUCUGGUCGUACUGGGCGUGCUGGGAAAGAAGGCACGGCCAUCUUGAUGUUUACUAGCAGCCAAAGGAAAACUGUUAAAUCACUUGAGCGUGAUGUCGGAUGCAAGUUUGAAUUUGUAAGCCCACCACUGAUGCAAGAGGUUUUGGAGUCAUCAGCGGAGCAAGUUGUUGCAACUCUGCGGGGUGUCCAUCCAGAGUCGAUACAACACUUCCUUCCAACGGCUCAAAGAUUGACAGAAGACCUAGGAACAAACGCUCUUGCUGCUGCAUUGGCACAUUUGAGUGGAUUUUCUCAACCACCUUCAUCUCGUUCUCUUAUCAGUCAUGAGCAGGGGUGGGUGACAUUACAGUUAACACGUGAACAAGGAUACUCAAGAGGGUUCUUUUCUCCAAGAUCUGUUACUGGGUUUCUUUCUGAUGUUUAUCCUGCUGCUGCUGAUGAAGUUGGCAAAAUUUACUUGAUUGCAGAUGAAAGGGUUCAAGGAGCAGUUUUUGAUUUACCUGAGGAAAUUGCGAAAGAAUUACUGAAUAAGCAGCUACCUCCAGGAAAUACCAUAUCCAAGAUCAUGAAGUUGCCUGCCUUGCAAGAUGAUGGUCCUUCAACUGAUAAUUAUGGCCGGUUUUCUAAUUGGGACCGGGGUUCCAGAGGUGGCUUUAGGGAACGAGGUCACAGAGGUUCCAGAAAUUGGGGUGGCCGGGGCUAUGUUAGUGAUGAUGGCUUUCGGCGUGGUGGAAGGAGCUACAGAACUGAUAAUAGAUGGUCUAGGACCGGAGGGAGCGAUGAUGAUUGGCUGAUCAGUGGUAGAAUAUCUGGCCGGUCAUCAUCCUUUGGAAGCAGGGAUAGAGGCUUUGGAGGUGCAUGCUUCAAUUGUGGCAGAACUGGGCAUCGAGCAUCAGAAUGUCCCAACAACUAGUUACUUGACAUCUCAGCUAUUGAAUUUUGAUUGCUCUCAUUCUUUCCUGGUCUGCAAGAGUUGCAUAAAGACUACAUGGUGGGCAAAUCAGUAUAUCCUUCCUGUUGCUUCAUAAAAUUGAAGUUUAUACCAUGCAAGAUCUGACUGGUGGCCAAUGGGUUCGGAGGAGGUUGUUACUAUGUUUAUUGAGUACUUUGUGAAAGGAUUGGGCAGCCAGGGCGUUAACACAUUAACUUGGUUCCUUUCUGCCUCUUUUUCUCUUUUUCAUUUCUUGUCUUUUAUCUUUUGGGCGGUGGUUUUGUUGGAGAGGUGUGUUUUGUGCAAGCAGGGGGUGGGGUGUUUUGAAGGUAUUUGUCAGUGGAAUGCUUAAACAAAGAGCAAAUGCAACGUGACUUGUGGGUCAUAGUAUAGCAGUUUAUAUUUGUUAAUCUCAAUGUUGUUAUCCUAUUAUUGAUAUUGUUGGGCAUACUAGAGAUGGCGAAGUGCAUAUAUUUUCUUUGGUCA